ACUCACUCUACACGAAUCCCUGGCGUGAUAGCACACGGUCUGGUCCAGGUACACGAGACUGUGACAUAUAUUUGCGCACUUUAGAUAAGUGUAGGAUUUGAGAUAUAAGUGGAAUUAUGUGGCUGUGACAAUUCUAACUUUGUCACUAUGUCGUCUUCAACAUGUCGGAGUGUUAAACAUCUGUCCAUGUUCCUUAUUUUCAUCUGUUUUCUGGGUGGUGUGCUGUGCACGAAAUGUUAUCGAGACGAACUUGUCGGAGACCGGGAGGGCAACGUGUAUCACUGCGAAGAUCCAGGCAAACCCGAGUGUUGUGAGGAAAACCUAGAGUUCACCUGCUGCCAGACACAGUCUACUAAAACACUGAAGGAACAGUUCAUCCUAUGGGGCGCUGUCCUAGCUGCGGUCAUACUCAUUACAGUCCUGCUGUGUUGGUUGUGUAAGGAUUGGAACUGUUGCUCGUCGGACAGACCAGUCAAAGACCGAUGCUGCUGUGCUAAAAAUGAGGAGUCCGACGAUGACCCACUGAACGACGAGGAAUACAGAAGAAAGAGUCAACCUUAUCAGAUAUCACCUUUCACGAGGACACUUCCGUCCGACGAGGAACUCAAAAUCCAACCGGGAUCUUCAUCUAGCAACAUGUCCCGGUUCUAUUAAUCCAUUGGAAAGUUAGGGAUGUGAAACUGUCAUGGAGAAUUUAUUAAGGUCUUAGUUUUUCUUGGCUCAAUUAUGUAUUAAUCUUACGCAUUUAAAAAAAAAUAUUUUUGGAAAAAAACAAAGCUAAGUAAUAUAACCUUAUUUUUGUGAUUUGGUUUUAAAUAAUCAUUUAAAAUCCCAAUUUCAUUUACUUGAAAAAUUACAAUCGUCCGUGGAAAGUUCACAAAUCAUCUAUGGCAAUGUUUAUACAAUUUGGACACUAGAAUAAUACACAUUGGUACAUUUUACACCAUGGGCUGGUGACAAACAGUUGGAAAAUAAUAUAACAAUUAUAUGAAAACAAAUACAUAGUACUACUAUAUAUGUAUAUAAUCUACAAGACUGCCGUCCACUUGUUGUUUUAUGUUAUUUUAUCUAAUGCACAACUGUACUCUCACGUGAUGUGUUUAUAUACAUGUUUAACGUAUGUACCCCUGUGAUUUAACAAUUUGAAAUUAUAACGUUCUAUCCUAAAACGCAUUAGAAGCACUGCUUGUAUAUAUGUACAUUAAGUAUUUAAACAGAAUAUUCAGUUAUGCAUAAAGUUUUGAUAGAUCAAGAACUAAUAGGAAAUUUUUAUGGUUCCCUUAGAAACGUUCACGUACGCGUUAACAAUACCUUGUACGUGACAAUAUGUUGAUAGAUCAGCUGAGACAUACACUUACGUAACUAAUGCCGCUAGUUCAUAACAAGUUCAUUCAGUAGACAGGAAACAUGCUAGUGAUGUUGUCCGGAUCGAUACCAUUUUAUUGGAAGGAACCCGUUACACCGGGAUUCAUUAGCGUAAUGGUAUAUUAGAUAAUUUGUAACUUACCAAAACAAAUUUUUUAGAAGAAGUUCACAAUAUAAAUAAAAAGAAAAGUAGGAUCCGUACAACAGCUAGCAUGUCUAAAAACAAGCAUGUUUUUAUGUUUAGUUUUUGAAAUGCUAUGUAUCAACAACCUGUAUGUGAUUCUCCCCCCUUCCCCCCCCCCCCCCCCCCCCCCC